GAGGUGCUUCCUGAUGGAUCUGGCUCGCGCGUGGCGAUGUUUUCGGCCAGGUUUGACGGCGGAGAGGUUGAACUUCAGAUCCGCGCCGUUCAUCGGCUUCUGCUGAGACAUAACUAUGAGGUGCGGAUGGUGGAAGCUGGAGCCGGGGAUGAUUUCGGAGAUGACACUUUACUGUUUCUGGAUGAAAUCAAGUCGAAUGAUGGUGUGAUGCUUGCCGUGUGCACGGCGCACUACGCAGAGAUGACUGCAUCAAAGUUUUCCUCUUACGUGGAACUGAAGUACUGCUUUGCGAACGGCGUCCAGGUGCUUCCUCUUCGCAUGGUGGACACUUAUCCUCCCACGCCACCGUACGGCUCCGAGCACGCCUAUGACCAAAAAGGCAAGGCCAAGGCGCUGAUCGGCGCUGCUUUCGCUCCGAGCCUUCUGUAUCUGGACUGCAGAGGGAAGACUGUGGAGGAAAUCGCUUCUCAGAUAGCGGCGAGGCUUCGUCGAAGCUAG